AUGUAGAUCAGAUGUAUUUAAGCUGAUCAUCAGAAUCAAUAUAUAAUAGGGAUUUGUAUUGAGAGCAACUGCCUCUAUCAAAGGCCUUAUUGUCAUGCUUGUUUACCAAAUCAUGUUUAGCACAUUCAUAUGUUAAUAACUUUGGAAAGUUUAAAUGAAUGGUUUAAACGAAGAAUGAUCAUUAUUAAGGAUGUAUAAAAGUAUUCUUAAGAGUGUAAAUCAGUCCUUGAUAGUCUUAUAAAUAUAUUUAUUCCUUAUCUCGACAUUAAUAUAGAAUAAUUAGGAAUCUCUUAGAUUGAUAACAUUAUUAAGUGUUUUUGCUAAAUUGAAGUUUGUGAGUAAUAAUUAUUAAAACAGCUUGAAUAAUCAAUCUAAUAGGUUAAAUAAAUUAUAAAUAAAAUAUUAAAAAAAAUAAAGAGUUAGAUAGAUUAAGAAUAGAAAAUUGAUCUAUAUGUUUAAUAACCUCAAAUUUUGAAACCCUUGAUAUAAAAAUAAAACAAUCAUGAUUGCUACUUAAAAUCAAUUCUAAAGCCAUUCACUUUUGACCUCAUUAAAUAAAAUUCAAUUAAGUAAGAUGAAGGGUGUUAUGCAAUUGCUUUUAAUAAAGAUGGGAUGAGAAGAGAAGAUAAAAGUAUAUCAACAUAACGAAGGGAAACUGAAUCAAGUAUAAGUAUUAAGUGA